AUGGGGAACAAGAGUUAUGCUCCUUCAGCGGGAUCACCAGUGGCGGUACAAACUGUUUUUGGGUAUGUUAUAAUGGGAAAAGUUCCAAUAUUUAACUCGGUUUCAGACUCGAAUGUAUUUUUCAAAUUGAAAGAAGAAUCAUCUCUGAAUGAACUUAUGACAAAAUUUUGGGUAAUUGAGCAAGUUCCAAAAAACACUGUACCGGAUGUUGAGGAAUUAGAAUGUGAUAAAAUGUACACUAGUACUUUCAACAGAGAUUCAGAAGGGAGAUUUACGGUAGCUCUUCCUUUUAAGAAUUCACCUAGUACACUGGGUGAUUCUAAAACUGGCGCUAUGACACGAUUGUAUUCCUUAGAAAGAAGAUUGACAAAAUUUCCUGAAUUGCGUUCAGGUUACAAUGAUAUUAUGAGAGAAUCCAUUAAACAAGGUCAUAUGCAUUGGGUAAGGGAUGCAUAUUUGAAAGCAGCGGAUACAACGUACUACAUUCCUAACCAUGCUAUUUUCGAACCUGAUAGUUCCAGCACCCCGAUUCGAAUAGUGCUGGAUGCUAGUGCAUCCUCCGAUAGUGAUAUUUCUUUGAGUGAUAUUCUAUAUGGAGGCCCGAAAUUGCAGACGAGCCUUCUUUGGCGUUUCAGUCCAGAAGAACCAGUUCAAGUGUACGAGUUCAAUCGGUUGGCAUUUUGGGUCAAGACAAGUCCUUACUUGGCUCUACGUACAGUCAAACAGGUGAUAAAAGAGGAUCGAUACAUGGAUGAUUUGGUGUGUAGUGUAUCUUCGGAAGAGGAAGCUCUGCGGCUAUAUUCAGAAUCGGUAGCAAUGUUUGCAGAAGGAAAGUUCUAUUUGACAAAGUGGUCUUCGAGUUCGUUGGAAUUGUUGGAGAAAAUCACCUGUGAAAAGAGGUUAUCACAGCCUGUGCUUUUUGAGACAGAAACAAAAAUAUUAGGAAUGUUCUGGAAUCCUGAAGUGGAUAGUUUUAGGUUUAAGUUUCCAGUUUCAGGAUCUAUCUGCACUAAACGUUUAAUCUUGUCCACAGUGGCGCGAUGUUAUGAUCCAGUAGGAUUGUUGGCACCAUUCAUUUUGUAUUUGAAACUUCUGAUAAAGGAGCUAUGGAAACUCAAAAUAGGUUGGGAUGACAUAGUCCCCUAUGAAGUUAUCCAGGAGAUUCAGUUUUCGCGUUACAUGGGAAUCGUGAGAACAUCUCCAAUAAUGUUAGUAGCUUUUGCGGAUGCCAGCAUGGAUGGAUAUGGAGCUGUGGGUUAUGUGCAAACAGUAACAGAAAACAGAGAAAUUGCUGUUAAUUUGUUAUGUGCGAAAUCCAAGGUUUCCCCCUUCAAGAUUGUUACAAUUCCUAGACUAGAGUUGUUGGAGCCUUAG